AUGAACCUAAGCUUCUUCGAUCAAUUCAUAAGCCCUCAUCUACUAGGAAUCCCACUAAUCCUCCUCUCUACAUUAUUCCCAGCCCUCCUCCUCCCCACACCAGGAAACCGAUGAAUUACUAACCGACUUUCCACCUUACAAUCAUGAUCCCUUCACCUAAUUGCAAAACAACUUAUAACUCCACUAAACAAAAACGGCCAUAAAUGAGCCCUUAUCCUAACAUCACUAAUGACACUCCUCCUCAUAAUUAACCUCCUAGGCUUACUACCUUACACAUUCACCCCAACUACCCAACUAUCUAUAAACAUAGCCCUCGCCUUCCCACUCUGACUCGCUACCCUCCUGACAGGCCUACGAAACCAACCCUCUGCUUCCCUAGGACACCUUCUCCCCGAAGGGACGCCAACCCCACUUAUCCCAGCCCUAAUCAUGAUCGAUACCACUAGCCUCUUAAUUCGACCACUAGCAUUAGGGGUCCGCCUCACAGCAAAUCUCACAGCAGGCGACCUAUUAAUCCAACUCAUCUCUAUAGCCACCACCGCCCUACUCUCAAUCAUACCAGCCAUCUCAAUCCUAACUACACUAAUCCUACUCCUACUAACAAUCCUAGAAGUAGCUGUAGCUAUAAUCCAAGCCUACGUCUUCGUCCUCCUUCUAAGCCUCUACUUACAAGAAAACAUCUAA